CGGAGGAUGGAGGAGGAAGGUGGGAGGAGGAAGCAUAUGGGAAUCACCCGCUCUCCACCUCGCAACUGGAAGGGAAUUGGGAUCUCCCUGUUGGUGGUGGCCAUGCUGGCCUCGGUGCUCAUUGUGGCUAUUCUGAUGCUAACUCCAGAAGACCCCCCCUUGGGCUUCCGCAUCCCGCUGACUCUUGCUGACCUGGAGAGUGAUGAAUUGCAUGCCCACCACCCCCAAGUACACUGGGUGACAGAUGAUGAGCUAGUCGUCUUGAGUGACAUGGGGACAGUGAUGAAGUGGGACAUGCGCCAAAAGAACAGCACCCUGUUGGUGGAAGACAGAGAUCUGCAUUUCUUGAAGGCAUCCUGGUUUCAAGUGUCUCCAGAUCUGCAGUUCCUGCUUUUGGCUUAUGAUAUCCAACAGGUCUUCCGCUACUCUUUCACAGCUCAUUAUUUGAUCUAUAACAUGGACACCAGAGAAACCAGCAACCUAGAUGUCCCUGAGGCUGAGGCUGUGCGCCUGCAGCAUGCAACAUGGGGAGCUCAAAAUAACCAACUGGUCUUUGUGCUGGAUAAUGAUCUCUACUAUCAGCCUGGUGUCUCCAGCAGGGCCAAGCCCAUCACCUCAUCUGGACGCCAAGGCAUUCUCUUCAAUGGGAUUUCUGACUGGCUGUAUGAAGAGGAGAUCCUGCAAGCAGCUGGUGCACACUGGUGUUCACCUGAUGGCAUAUGGUUAGCCUAUCUCACCAUCAACAAUUCCGUGGUGCCCAAGAUGGAGCUGCCCCAGUUCCUGGGAGGAAACUACCCAGCUAGCCAGCAUUAUCCUUACCCCAAGGCUGGCCAGCCCAUUCCCUCCGUUCAGCUGUUUGUGGUUAACCUGUCUGGGGCACGGCUUCGCCCACUGGAGCUCCUUCCUCCCGAAUCCUUCCAGAGCAGGGAGUACUACAUCACCAUGGUCAAAUGGGUGGCCUUCUCCCGGCUAGCUGUGAGGUGGCUAAACAGGCCACAGAACAUAUCCGUGUGGAGCCUCUGUGAGGUGGUCGCAGGAACCUGUGCUGAGAAAUACAAGGUGACAUCAGAUGCCUGGGUGAACAUGCAGCAGGGAGUGCCUAUCUUUUCUGAAGAUGGGGAGACCCUGUUUCUUCCUGUGCCAGUGAAGCAGGGCCCACGAGGGGAAUUCCACCAUGUCACCAUGCUUUCCACACAGAUGAGCCGCAAGGAGAGCAGUGUGCGCCUCCUUACUUCUGGGAACUGGGACGUCACCAGGAUCUUAGCCUAUGAUGAGAACAUCAAACGGCUAUACUUCCUGAGUUCAGAAGACAGGCCAAGCGCUAGACACUUGUACAGCGUGGACCUCAGUGGCUCCUUCAACCGCACCUGUGUGACCUGCAGUCUGCUCCCCGACUGCUCCUUUGUUGAUGUCAAGUUCAGCCCUAAGAAAGGGCAUUUUAUACUGUUCUGCAAAGGGCCUGGAAUCCCACAAGUCUCUGUUCAUUUCACCAAUAACCCUCAUGACUUUCUCCUUCUGGAAGACAACCAUCUCUUGAAAGAUGGCCUUCUUCAUAAAGAAAUGCCACUGGUAGAAUUUCGCUCUUUCCGGCUAGCUGGCUAUGACCUCUCUGUGCGCAUGAUCUUGCCGCCGCCACACCAGUGCACCUCCUGUCCCCUGCUGCUGAUGCUCCCUGAAGUCCCAGGAAGUCAGAUGGCCACUGAGAAAUUCCAGCUGAACUGGGAUACCAUCCUCUCCAGCUCUUUGGGUGUGGUGCUUGUUCGAUUUGAUGGUCGGGGCUCUGGAAACCAAGGGCUCAAGCUGUUGUAUGAGGUCAGCCGCCAGCUGGGCUCCAUGGAUCUCAAGGAUCACAUCGCUUUGAUGCAGUGGCUGUUGCAGCUUCCCUACAUAGAUCGCAAGCGCAUGGCGGUCUACGGAAAGGCCUAUGGAGGCUUUUUAGCACUAAAGCUCAUGGCAGCAGUGGAAGACCUCUUCAAAUGUGGUGCCGCAGUGGCACCCAUCACCAGCUUUCGUUUCCAUGCUGCCACCUUCUCUGAACGGUACCUAGGAAUGCCAGCUCGUGAAGAUGCUGCUUACACGGUGGCCUCUGUGUUGGAAGAAGCUCCCCGCCUCAAGGAUAAAAAUAUCCUGCUUGUGCAUGGAACCGGAGAUGCCACAGUUCAUUUCCAGCACAUGGCUGAACUUCUCAUCCAGCUGCUAGCAGCAGAAUCCAACUACACCACCCAGAUCUACCCAGAUGAAGGCCACACAUUCUCUUCGGACAGCAACCGACGGCACCUCCGCCAGACCCUCGCUUCCUUCUUCCAGGCCUGCUUUAAAGAUUCAAGACACAGCCAUCUAUUAGCUGAGGACGAUGAGGAUUCCUAGCGCUCUUCCAGCGGGAU